AUGGCUACCUGGUUUGUGGUGGAUGGCUACCUGACUAGUGGUAGAUGGCUACCUGACUCGUGGCGAAUGGCUACCAGGCUCGUGGUGGAUGACCACCUGACUCAUUAUAGAUGGCCACCUGACUUGAGACGGAUGCAGAUGGGCUGUCGAUCGAUUGACCCAUCCCUUGAAUAUUUCAGCGACACCACUCACAAGGACCCUUGGGCCAUGCUUAAUGCACUCGCCCCGGAGACGACACGACCGCCGAUGGAUUCGUCCCACGAUGGACGAGAGAGGAUCAUCGAUCUCGACCGUCUUCCCCUCGAGACGAAUGCGUUGUUGCCGAAGAGAGCCAUUUCGGAUGAGAGCCGCGGAUGUUUCGGGUGUCCCCGCGGAAGAUGCCCCGCGUCAUGCGUGGAGCCGGGGAGGAUGGAGUCUCUCUCCGUCCUCGGCAUGCGGGAGACGCAGUGUGCCCAAGGUGUUGGGUGUGCGUGCGUGGUUCUCAGGCUCUCGUCGGCUCGGGUGGCUCUCACCGGCUCGGGUGACUUACACCGGCUCGGGUGGCUGCAACGAACUCGUCUCGUCUUGCGGCCACCGGUCUCUCAGAUGGAGUCCGUGCCCCCACCGAACGCGACGACGGACGACGGAGACGAGGUGCUGCACAUGGACCACCCCGAGGACAUGCUCGCCGCGUGGCGACAGAAUCCCUGGUUCUGGGAGAUCCUCGUCGCCCACGCCAUCACCUUCGUCGUCGGCGUGCUCGGGAACUUCCUCGUCGUCCUCGUCAUGCUCGGCGACCGGAAGUCCCGCACCAGCACCAACAUGUUCCUCAUCAGCCUCACGGCCGCCGACCUCCUCCUCCUCAUCCUCUACGCCCCGCUCAACACGCUGCAGUACUUCGUCGUGGAGUGGGACGCGGUCGGGACUGUCUGCAAGAUGGCCACUUACGCCGAGAUGCUCAGUUGUGCUGCGUCCAUAUUUAACCUCACGGCGGUCAGCUUGGAAAGAACAUCGAUCGCCACAUUGUAUUGGCUCAAUGUUGCAAUGAGACAGAUUCUCAACAAUAUCUCAACAGGCUAUCGAAUCCAUGCGCAUGCUCCAUUUGAAGUCAACCUCAGCCCCUCCGAUGUCGAGAUUGGACAUGCUCCUCCCGUUCUCGACAUAGACCCUAUGGUGAGAUCAGAGCCAUCUCUGCGACAUAGACUCUGGCGAGAUAAGAUAGAGGCAUCCCUGCCUCGCAGCCAAUCCCAAUGGGGAUCCCAACUUCGUGGGGAGACGGAAGACCAGACGGGAAAGCGGGGAUCUAAGCAGGAGAGACGGAAGACCAGACGGGAAAGCGGGGAUCGAAGCAGGGGAGACGGAAGACCAGACGGGAAAGCGGGGAUCGAAGCAGGGGAGACGGAAGACCAGACGGGAAAGCGGGGAUCGAAGCAGGGGAGACGGAAGNAGGGGAGACGGAAGACCAGACGGGAAAGCGGGGAUCGAAGCAGGGGAGACGGAAGACCAGACGGGAAAGCGGGGAUCGAAGCAGGGGAGACGGAAGACCAGACGGGAAAGCGGGGAUCGAAGCAGGGGAGACGGAAGACCAGACGGGAAAGCGGGGACACGCGUGGAAGGGUGGAUGCUGCGCGGCCGGAUGGAAGCAGCGGGCGUUUCAGCGUCCUUCGCCGAUUUCUCAUCAAUGUUUUAUGGCCACCUUUCGAGACCUCGUAA